CCGGCCUCCCGCCCGCUCUACCUGAAUUGCUGUGUUGCAGGCUUGCAGAGUUGCAGCAAGAGCAAGGCAGCAAGCUAUGAGUAAGCGAGCGAACUAACCCAAGCUCAUCUGAGAAUUUACACAUGAUAAUCGAGAGAGGAGUUCAAAGAUGGAUAGUGGACAUAUCAAUGUGGGAUCCAUCUCCCCAUGACUUCUCUUUUGCCCUCUCCCGUCUUCCUUCACAUGAGCACGCCUCCAUCACCAGAUUUGUGAAGAUGGAGGACAGAAAACGGGCACUUGUGAGCCGGUUGCUUCAGUAUGCUCUUGUGCAUCAAGUAUUGGGAAUUCCAUACGAUGAAAUUGUCAUAAAACGGACAUUGGAAGGGAAACCCUUCUUGGAAUGUGCUAAAGGCUACUCAAAAUUUCCCAAUUUUAAUUUCAAUGUUUCUCAUCAUGGCGACUUUGUGGCAAUAGCGUCUGAACCAGUUUGCAUUGUUGGGUUGGACAUUGUUCAUUGUGUCAAAACCCAGAAAGAGACCAUUCCAGAAUUCAUUCACAAUUUUACUUCUUAUUUUUCUAGCUUGGAAUGGAAUAAUAUUAUUAAUUCUGGCACCUCUGAUGAAAUUUUGGUCGAGUUUUACAGAUAUUGGUGUCUCAAAGAGGCAUAUGUCAAAGCUAUAGGGAGCGGACUGGUGAAUGAGUUGGAUAGAGUAGAGUUCCAUCACACUAACUGGACAAAUAUAUUUGUUAAAAUUGAUGGGAAGCCAAUGACAGAGUGGAAGUUUUGGCUUUUUCAGCUGCAAAAACUACAUUGGGUGUCUGUUGCUAGAGGUCCCCCAAAAGCUGCUGCUGAAAGUUACAAGAGGACAAUGAGCCGGUUGGAGUUUGAUGAAGAAGAGUACCACAAUGGUCUUAGCCUUCCAAGUGUAAACUUUGUUGCACAAAAUUUAGAACAACUCAUCCUAGUUGAAAAUAAAUGAAUCAGUGAAAUCAUGUAAAUAUUUUUUCACUGCUGUGAACCUAGUCCUUGCCUAAUCAUGAUAAUCAUAUUUAAUGAAUAUUGAGAAGCA